CAGCAUCCAGAUCAGUGUUCUAACCCAAAUGCAAGCAGAGACAGCAUCCAGAUCAGUGUUCUAACCCAAAUGCAAGCAGAGACAGCACCAAGAUCAGUGUUCUAACCCAAAUGCAAGCAGAGACAGCACCAAGAUCUAACCCAAAUGCAAGCAGAGACAGCACCAAGAUCUAACCCAAAUGCAAGCAGAGACAGCACCAAGAUCUAACCCAAAUGCAAGCAGAGACAGCACCAAGAUCUAACCCAAAUGCAAGCAGAGACAGCGCCAAGAUCUAACCCAAAUGCAAGCAGAGACAGCACCAAGAUCUAACCCAAAUGCAAGCAGAGACAGCACCAAGAUCUAACCCAAAUGCAAGCAGAGACAGCACCGAGAUCUAACCCAAAUUCAAGCAGAGACAUCACUGAGAUCUAAACCAAAUUCAAGCAGAGACAGCACCGAGAUCUAAACCAAAUUCAAGCAGAGACAGCACCGAGAUCUAAACCAAAUUCAAGCAGAGACAGCACCAAGAUCCGCGUUCUAAACCAACAUCAAGACGAAACAGCACAUUAGAUCGAUGCCUGAUCCAACAGCGAGCUGAGACAGCACCCAGUUCUUGCUAGCUGCAACUGAAGACAGCACCCAGCCACCCAUCAUAUAUCACAAGCUGUGACAGCUCCCAGGCUGAGCAGAGACAGCACCCAACUAUUGCACUGCUGAGCUGUGGGCAGAUACAGGACCCAAGCAUUGUAUAGCUUGAUUCAAGGACAGCAUCUAGGUGCUCUGUUGAGAAAGCAACACCCAGCUAACACCUGGGCACAAGACUUUACUGGAACAUAGAUUUUUUUUUUCCUGACACCUCUACCUGUACACAGAACUUGAAUUCUCUUCCACACUCACACAAGACUUGCCGCUACCUACUUCAAGAUAACUUGAAUCGUCUGUCUAGACACUAGAGUGAUCACGCUGGGGAUCCAGAUGACUCCUAUUAAAGUAUCUCCCUCAGGUGACCCAUUAUGUUUCCUAAGACCUUCCUUUAACCCUUGAUGCCACAAGCAUGUUGUGCAACUCAUCCAGAUGUCCAGGCAGGUAAGAAUCUGGACUACGUUACUCAACAACUAGAGGUGGGGGGAGGAGAACAAAGACUGAGAGAGAGGUGCAGGGAACACUGUGUCACACCUGUGUGGAGUAGUAGGAGCAGGGAGCUGGUGUGCAGAGGAGGAGGUAGACAUGACCAACCCAGGCUGCUGCUAAGAACUCUUGCCUGUGCCUGGUUCAAUGUCACACCCAGGUCUGCUGAGCCCAGGGGAAGACAUAUUGAUAUUUCAUGAUUAAUUUUGAGAACCCGCUAGUGGCAAGGGGGGGCAUCUCUGCCAUGGAGUGCCUGGGGGACUGUGCCAACAGCACCCUGAACAAUGAGACUAAUACUGAGGAAGCGUCACCCCCAUACUCCCUGCAGGUGACAUUGGCACUCAUAUCCCUGGUGGGUAUUCUCAUGCUCUUCACAGUGUUUGGCAAUGUCCUGGUGGUCAUCGCAGUGUUUACAAGCAGAGCUCUCAAAGCUCCACAGAACUUAUUCUUGGUCUCUCUGGCCUCAGCAGACAUUUUAGUGGCCACCCUGGUCAUGCCCUUCUCUUUGGCCAAUGAGGUGAUGGGCUACUGGUACUUUGGCAAGGUGUGGUGUGAGAUUUACUUGGCUUUGGAUGUUCUCUUUUGCACCUCCUCCAUCGUGCACCUGUGUGCCAUCAGUUUGGACCGCUACUGGUCCAUCACCCAAGCCAUCGAGUACAACCUCAAGAGGACCCCCCGCCGGAUCAAAUGCAUCAUUGUCAUUGUGUGGGUGAUCUCAGCUGUGAUUUCCUUCCCUCCGCUCAUCACCAUCGAGAAGGAGAGUGGCAAAAUAGAAGAGCCAAAGUGCAAGAUCAAUGAGGAGAAGUGGUACAUCAUCUCCUCCUGCAUCGGCUCCUUCUUUGCCCCUUGCGUCAUCAUGAUCCUGGUCUACAUCAGGAUCUACCAGAUAGCAAAAAAGAGAACCAGGGUCCCUCCCAACAAAAGGAACAACGGUGAAGCUGCCGAGAAGAGGCACAAUGGCUACGCCGACAAGGACUUGCCAGUGAAACUCAACGGGGAGAAAGCCGGGGGAUCAGGAGGGGACGAUCGUCGGGAGCCAGAGGCCAAUGGUGUGGAGGACCUGGAGGACUCUUCCUCUUCCGAUCAUCCCGAAGACAAACAGCAGUAUUCCUCCAAGAAAAGGUCAGACAAGUCAUCCAGGAACAAAGGGAAGACCAAAUUAAGCCAGAUCAAACCAGGGGACAGCUUGCCUCCAAGAGAUGAUGAUGGAAGCGCCAAAGCCUCCCGUUGGAGGGGCAGGCAGAAUAGGGAGAAAAGGUUCACCUUUGUCCUAGCCGUGGUCAUUGGAGUAUUUGUAGUGUGCUGGUUCCCAUUCUUUUUCACCUACUCCCUCAUUGCAAUCUGCAACAAGAGCUGCGCCGUUCCUGAGAAACUCUUCAAAUUUUUCUUCUGGUUUGGGUAUUGCAACAGCUCCCUAAACCCGGUUAUCUACACCAUCUUCAACCAUGACUUCAGGAGAUCGUUCAAAAAGAUUCUGUGCAAGGGGGAGAGGAAAAGGAUUGUGUGAUUCCCCACUAACAGCACCCCUUAAAGAAAAAAAAACACAAACUAAUCCCCUAAAAUGAAGGACGCCUCUUACUCUAGGGGCUCCCCCAUUUCCUCCAACGACCCUUCAUCUUAUCUCUUGUGUUAUUCAGUAAGAGAAAACUGUGCACUUAGUUCAAGCAGUGUGCCUUUCCUUUUUUUGCAAGGCAUGCAGCUGUAAGUGAACCUAUGAAUGCUUAAUUAUAAAUAUAUUUUACUACUAAAUUCAUCAUUCUGCAUCGUUCUUGCCAGAAGGACGGCUCCAUCUUUGUUUAGGGAUCAUCCAGGGUCACCUUCCUGGACUAAGAUGCUUGCUCAGUGACGGCACAAUCAUGGAAAUCCUGGUACCUGUGCAGUUCUUAGCUGUGUCCACAAAUAUAAAGAUCGACCCACCUUAUGACUUGUUACAAUGUUGCAGUCUGAUCAAUGGGGGAGAGGAGACUGAGGAAAGGUUUCCUCCUGCCUGCAGCAAACGGAUGACAUCAUCUCAGCUUAAGAAAAGUUCAAGGAUGGUUGUUUUAAUGAUGGAGGCUUUAUGGAAAAUCAUACUGUUGCUGUAUUAGUGUGGCAUGUCAGGAAUUUGGUCAUGCAGAACUGUAAAGUUACUGAUAGGUCCACUUUAAAAGUGUAAAAGGACCACUAACUUGCACAGUGACAGUAAUGUUCAAACAUCGAAAGCUCAAUCAAUUACAAUAUUCUGAUUUCAUUUACAAUACCAUGCCGCAAUGGUCUAGAUCUAGUUGUUUGUUCAGGACUCCACAUUUUCCUCACUCCUUUGCAGUAUUGUUUUGCCUUUGAUAUAAUGCCAUACUUUGGACGAAGCCAGGAUCAAUAAAUACUUUGAUUUUUGAAACAA